AUGUUUAAUGGCCAAAACUAUGGAAGGCUUUGUGGAAUCAUAUCUAAAUUUACCACAAAUAGAAUAAAAUGUAGAUUCUUCAACAUCCAAAGUGAUAAAUCGCAAUUAAUUAAAAAGGUUUCCAGUAAUCGCAAACAAUGGGAGCAACUGAGAAAGGAAUCACGUGAUGAUACAUCAGAUUUUGACAAUAUAUCCUUUGAAAAAACAAUUGCUCAUUCCGGAUUCGGAAAAUCUCAAAAUUCUAAAAGUAAACAUGGGUUUAAAUAUUUAGGAUUGCUACAGACUGUGACUAACUCUACCUCUGAUGAAAAGCUGUUUUCUUUACUUGCGGAUAUUUCCAAAUUCAUAGACGAAUUCACUCCAUAUGAGCUCAUUGAUAUCGGCUAUUUUUUAACAAGAAUUAACAGGCCGGGGUGUUCUCAGGUAGUUGAACCUAUUUUACACCGUUUUUUCUCAAUGCCUGAGCGAUUUUCAUGUUUAAAUGGAGUUUACUUCCACAGGCUAUUGAGAACGAUGUUUAUAUUUCAAGAUGUCACAUAUCGAGUUUGGGUUUACGAAAUAGCACAGCUGGUCUCGGCAAAGCAUGCACACCUUCUAAUGCGGGACGUACAGUUGGUUAUUGAUGACCUAUCCCUCUUCUAUGACGCGGCUGCUCAAGGAGCAUUAAACCAAUUAGAAGACUCUGUUUUAUCCAGAGUACACGAACUAGAGUUGUACAGACUCCCACUACUAAUCCACGCAUUAGGUCGUUGCGGAUACAAUUCAAUAAAUGUAGCAAAGGCUGUUCAUAGAGUAUAUACUAGUUAUAAGGGACAUAAAGAUUAUUAUUCAUCACAUCUAAUUGGACUACUAUUAAAGGGUUACGCUUCGUUUCAUUUUAAUCCAGGAACUGAGUUUCUGGACGAUGUUUGGUCGAACGUCAAAGAUAAUCUAAAGAAUGUGGAAUUCAAGUAUCUUUCAUGGAUUGGAGAGUCUUUCUUAAAGCUGAGAUACUUUCCAAACAUUUCAGUGAUUUUGGAUGAGUUGAUAUCUAAGCAUAGCAUUUUGAGUCAUCUUGAAUUCACGGACUUUAUUAGUGACUGUUGGUCAAUACAAACUCACAUACUAUCUCUUGAAUUUAAGAACUACAUCGUUCCUGGGUCAGUGUGGCAGAACAGUUCUUAUUCCGAUGAAGGCUUUUCGGAGAUGAACCCAAAUUCACUUUCACAAGAGAACAAUUCUAAGGAGACUGUGGACAAACUUUAUGGGUACUACAAAAGACUAAUUACUUUGAUAAACUCUGAAAUGCCGGGGAAAAUAUAUGAGUCGACACCACCAUACAGGUCAACGCAGUUUGAGCUAAUGACAAGGUUACUGGACAUAUACCCAAACCCUAGGGAUUUUAGGAUAAUCCUACCAUUGAGAAAGUAUGACGCAAUUUACCCUGUUCUAAGCCUUCCUAAAUCUCUCGAUACAACUGCUAAGGGUGACAUUUCAUAUCUUUUCACACAAAUGGACCACUUUCACUCUUCUAACUUCUUUGGGCCUAAUUCUAACCAUGAACAAACUCAACUAGAAUACAAUACAAUCAAAUCAGUAGAUCCACCCAUAAGUAAUGUGUCAGGUAGCUCAUCUGGUUUAAAGGAAUUAAAUCCCAUUUUGAAACAAUAUAUACAUUCAGUUUUCUUCAGAACACCUGCAUUAGCUCCUAGAGGCCUUAGGCUUCUGAUACAGGGACUUGCAAGAAUCCACUUUGAACAGAGAGAGGAAUCAGAAAUAGAUAGGGACUUGAUACCAAACAUGAAGGUAAAAUACCACAAAAGACCACUCUCAAGAUCUAUUGUGAGGGAAGUGUACAGGAAACUUGCUUGCUUCAAUAACGACGACCUUAUCGUAUCCCUUUUCGGAAUGAUUGUGUUGAAUAUGUUUGAGUUUCAGCUCUCCAAACAACUUCUUUCCGAGUUAAUUAGGAUUUGGGUACACCAGAAGAACCAAAACUUUCUGUUGGAUGAGCAGCUCGAGAUGGUUUCAUUAUUUUUUUUGACUCUUGAAAAGAAUAACCCCUCCGUAUACUCCUCCUUGGACGUGGAAUCCAUUAAAAAAUUAUGUUGA